AUGGCUGCCCUCUUUGACCGGGAACGCGCAAACACGGAAGCCCAAAUGGCCGCCGAGCAGCAAGAACGAAAGAAGUAUUCGGAGAGAGUUACGCAGCUCGAAGAGUCGCUCGAGGAGCAGAAGCGCCUUGCCAAGGAGAGCAAGCGCGAGGUGGGCAGAAGAAGGACCCUGUUCGACGAUGAAAUGGCUCAACUCCGUCAGGCGCACGCGAGGGAAAAGAGGGCAUGGGAAGAGGAUUUGGACAGGGAGCGUAACACCGUCAGAGCAUUGAAGGAUUCGAUGGCCCAGAAUAGUACUGCCCACCUCACCAUGGAAGCCACAAAUUCGGCAUUGCGCACUGAGGUGCAGAGAUUGCAGGAUCAGCUCAGGGAGAGUCAGCAGCGUACCGCCGACGUGGAGGCAGAGCUGAUCAAGCAGCGCGAGGCUGUCGUUGAGAUUGAGGGGGAGCUUAGGGAGGCAGAGAGCCUCAGGCGUAAGCUGCACAAUGAGAUUCAAGAGCUGCGUGGUAACAUCAGGGUCUUUGCGAGGAUGAGGCCGGCGCUGCAGCAUCAGGGCAACUCGCUCGCUACAGUGCGCUUCCCCAACCCCAAGGAGGCUCGAUCCAUUGAGAUUCUCUCUGCCGGCGAAUCAGCAACAGGCACGGCCACAAUGCGUACCUUCCAAUUUGAUUUCGACCACGUCUUCGGCCCCGAUGCAACGCAACGAGACGUUUUCGACGAGGUCCAGCACCUGAUGCAAUCGGUACUCGACGGGUACAACACCUGCGUCUUUGCCUACGGCCAGACCGGAUCUGGUAAGACGCACACGUUAGAAGGGUCAGGGCUACCCACGGCGAACUACGAGGCGUCGUCCGUCAGUGAAGGGGCGGGUCUUAUCCCAAGGGCAGUGCAGAUGCUCUUUGCCACUGCCGAAGCGCUCAAGGAUAAAGGCUGGAGCUAUGAUUUCUCCGGCUCGAUGCUCGAGAUCUACAACGAGACGAUCAACGACCUGCUCGGCAAGGCUGACCCGAAGAGCACCACUCCCGUCAAGCAUGAGAUUCAGCACGAGAAGGGUCGUACAACAGUCAGCGAUGCGGUCGUACUGCCCCUCUCGAGCCCGCAGCAAGUGUUUGCCCUCCUCUCUCGCGCGUCUGCUCGAAGAUCAGUAGCCGCCACACUCAUGAAUGAGCGAUCCUCCCGCUCUCACUCGGUCUUCACGCUGCGGGUCAGAGGCAGCAACAGCACGACAAUGGAGUCAUGCGAUGCGACUCUCAGCCUCGUCGACCUUGCAGGCUCUGAGCGUCUGGCCAAUUCUGGCUCUGGUGACGACCCGCGUCGCUUGAAGGAAGCCGUGAGCAUCAAUAAAUCCCUCUCCUCCCUCGCGGACGUCAUUGCCGCCCUCGGGCAAGGCAAAGCAGCAGGACAUGUGCCCUACCGCAACUCCACACUGACAUGGCUGCUGAAGAACUCGCUUGGUGGCAACAGUAAGACUUUGAUGUUGACCAGCUUGAGCCCCGUGGCUGAGCAUCUGGGAGAGACGGUCGCCAGCUUGCGGUUUGCUAAGCUGGUCAAUGGUACUAUCAUCGGGACGGCGAAGAAAGUCAGGGCGUCGGAGUAG